UAAAUAAGAUAAAUAAAUUUAAAUAAUAUGGGUAAGAAGAAAUAGGAGUGUUGAAUAGCAGCAGCAGCAGCGGUUCGCUAGGAGCGCAAAGAACUUUUCCAAACAAUGUCCACCUACCCGCACUAGCGCGAGGAAAACAGGGAGGCAACUUUUUUUUUUUUUCUCACGUCCGCGGACUUAUAGACGUUUUGAGUCUGUGAAUGUAGGAUGAGGGCCCCUCCAAGAUGUCUCGCGUAGGGGCAGGGGCCAGGACCAAGCCCAGGGGGACGCAGGACGUGUGUGGGGACUGUGGGGCACCAGAUCCUGGCUGGGCUUCCAUCAACAGGGGCAUUCUGAUCUGUGACGAAUGCUGCAGUGUGCACCGGUCUUUGGGCCGACAUAUUUCCCAAGUCAAGUCGCUCAAGAAGGGACAAUGGAACUCAAUACAGCUUGCUAUGGUUCACACCCUGUACAACAGUGGUGCAAAUGGUAUCUGGGAGCACACCCUCCUGGACCCCAGUGUUGCCAAGACAGGAAGACGCAAGCCCCAGCCCAAUGACCCCGUCCAUCCAACCAAGGCCGACUUUAUUCGGGCCAAGCACCAGAUGUUGGCCUUUGUCUAUCGGCCUUCAAGAGAUGACAACAAUGGGGAUGAUGCAGAUGUAAGCCGGCAGCUACAUUCCAGCGUGCGAACUUCCAAUCUGGAGACAUCCUUGCGUCUUUUGUCUCAGGGAGCAGACCCCAACUAUUUUCAUAAGGAAAAGAACUGUUGUCCCCUACAUGUUGCUGCCCGGGCUGGCCAGUCAUCCCAGGUGGAGUUGCUCAUAGUGUAUGGAGCUGAUCCUGGUGCUGUUGAUCCCCAGGGAUACACUCCAGCUCACUAUAGCAGUGAAGCAAAUUACCCAGAAAUGGCUGAUCAUCUGCUUGAGUGUCAGUAUGAGCUGACAGACCGACUUGCUUAUUAUGUGAGUGGACGUAAGCCUGACCACAGCACUGGGCAUCACUGGAUAAUACCUGAGAUGGCUGACUCCUUAGACAUGUCAGAUCUGGCGAAGGAGGCAAGGGCUAAGCUACAGUCCUUGCCCAACCAUCUGUUUGAGGAACUUGCCUGUGAUGUAUAUGAUGAGGUUGACAGACGGGAGACAGACAGCAUCUGGCUCUCCCUGCAAAACCAGAGUGCACUGGUGAGUGACCGAUGCACUGUGCCUUUCCUCCCAGUCAAUCCAGAUUACUCAUCCACCAGGAAUCAGGGACGGCAGAAAUUGGCAAGAUUCAAUGCACGAGAAUUUGCAACACUGAUUAUUGACAUUCUCUCUGAGGCCAAAAGACGGCAAUCAGGCAUUCCAUCUCCACUUCCUACCCCUAAAGACAAAGUAACCCCAGGUGUGCGGAGGGCUGCCCGGGCACACGACCCCUCACUCGCCUCUUCCUCUCCUCCAACCCUACCCCUUCAGCCUCAAGAUUCCUCCUCCAUGCCUUCUCUGUCUGUCCAUUCUGACUCCUCCAAUUUGGGCGACUCAUCCUCUGGCACUACCUCCAUCUCUGCUCUCCUCACUGACACUCCUUGCACCGCCGCCUCUGCUGCCACAGCUUCUGACACCUCCUCUUCUGCACCGGCCCCAAUCACCUACAAGCCCUCCACCAACAACAACAACAAGGGAGAGAUGACUGACGAUGGCGAGCCCCUGUAUGACUCGGUGGCCUCAGAGGAUGACUACACCUAUGUGGAACAAGUGGAGAAGCUCAACCAGCAGAAGAAGAUUCUGGAGGAGCAGAAGAGCCAGCGCCAGCUGAAAGCUGAGCUGCUGAAACUCCCUGAGAUGGAAUCUGGGGUGGCCUUGGAUACAUACCUGGAGAUGAAGGAAAAGUUGGAGAGCAGUGAGGCACGGAUCCAGGAGCUCCAAAACAACAAUGCUCAUAUGCGCUCACAGUUAGAUGAAUUGUGCUCAACAGUGCAAAACUUACGAGAAGAGAACAAGAGUCUUCGUUCCCUGUACAGCAGUGGCAGCAUGGGCCAGUCUUCCCACUCGACUCCCCCACUCAUGAACUAUUAUCCUCACUGCCUGUAUAAUGGUGAUGCUGAUCCUCAGAUGAAUGUGCGCACUCGAGGUCCUGUUCGUCCCAUCAGCAUGUUUGAGCCUCGCCAGGGGCCGCCUUGUGUGACAAGCCAGUGUCAUCCACUAGAUCAGUCAAGAACCUCAGCCUUUUCAGCGCGAGUGUCUGGUGAGUAUGACAACACAAGAGCACGCAGCCCAAGCCUGGAGGCCUCAGAGACAACGCCUCUUAGUGCCUCCUAUGCACUUCCCACACAGGAGGAGGUUGUGAAGAAGACUGAGGUCAUCACCAAAAAGAUCCAGGAGUUGCUUAUCUCAGCUCAGGAGGGUCGGCAGGAGGCCUUUAUGCCAUGUGCUGAGCAGAUCCAUGCUGCUGUCCUUGACAUGGAUUCUAUCUUCCCCAAGGGUCGGUGCCCUCCUGGGAUGCAGGGAGCUUUGCGCCAGCUGGUGAGCAGUGCCAGCCGCCUCUUAAGUGAGUGCCACAGCCAUGCUCUCUCUCACAGCCACACCCUUGAUCCCAAGUUUGUCACCCAGCAGGUCAUCCAGUGUGCCUAUGACAUUGCAAAAGGAGCCAAGGUGCUGGUGACUCACUUUCAGUAAGGAUUGGUAUCAUGUAAGUCUGUGAUGGAAGUAGUUUCUCCUCUUUCAAAAUUUUUGUAGCUCUUUGGUGGAGGCAUUUCCCUUCCCUUCAGCUUGAUGUUGGUGUUUAGUGGAGGCAGCUCCCUUCCCUUCAAGUUUCUGUUGGAAGCAUCCCUCCUCUCAUGGCAAUGCUGGAGGCAGGUCCCAAUCAUCAUGCCCGUGUGGUGGAGGCAGGCCCCUCCAUCCUAGUUUUGGAGGAACUGCCUGAAAUUUUAGCUAGCUCUCCUGCCAGAUGCCAUCACUGGGUAUAAAUAUUUCUUGUGAUCUGGUUUAAUUAGAAGUCUGUGAAAAGAUUAUAUAAUGUAGGAAGAAUUUGCUAGCAAGGGAUCUUCAAUAUUGAAUUGCUAGUGGUUACCUCUUGUCAGGGAAUUUUAUUGUUGUCCCUUAUAGGGAUUUAUAAUUGCUACCUAUGGACAGGAAGUCUACACUGUUGCUUUGUUAUUUGCAGCAUAGUUAAAUCUGUUGAUCACUGGAAAAAUCAAGUUAACAAGAAGAAUAGACCAACAAGAACUAUAGAAGUCCCUUUUAUGAUUUACAUUUUGCAACAACAUCAACAAAUUUUUUUCCAACAAUUUACUUACUUUUGUUUAAUAAUAAUAAUAAUAAUAAUAAUAAUAAUAAUAAUAAUAAUAAUAAUAAUAAUAAUGAUAAUCCCACAAAAUAAAAAAAAUAACAUUUUUUAAUACUAAACUUAAUAAUAAUAAUAAUAGUAAUAAUAAUAAUAAUAAUAAUAAUAAUAAUAAUAAUAAUAAUAAUAAUAAUAAUAAUGGUACUACACAUUGACUAAAGAAACAACAUAAAAAAAAACACUGAUUAACUUCACACACACACACACACACACACACACACACGCACACUUAGUAUGAAGGGAACAGGCUGGAAGGAUAAAAGAAGGAAUAGGAGGUAACUGUGUUCUUGUCCCUAACAUUAUUGAGUUUGGAGGAAGAGAAGGACCCAGAAGCAGAUUUAAAAUUAUUAUUAUUACGUACAUAUGUACGUACGUAUGUAUGUAUGUAUCAUUAUUAUUAUUAUUAUUAUUAUUAUUAUUAUUAUUAUUAUUAUUAUUAUUAUUAUAGUUUAUUAUUAUUAUUAUCAUUAUUAUUAUUAUUGUUAUUAUUAUUAUUAUUAUUAUUAUUAUUAUUAUUAUUUUCAUCAUCAUCAUCAUCAUCAUCAUCAUCAUCAUCAUCAUUAUUAUCAUUGUCCUCAUCAUCAUGAUCAGUAUUGGUGUUGUUGCUGUUAAUAUAUUAUUGAUUAUUAAUUUUGUGUAUGUUGUUAGUGUUCUUGAGUAGCUUUUGCCUUAGUGAUUCAGAGCAAUGUAAAACUAUUACUACUUCUCAUGAAUGUGAAUUACAGGGAAUUUGACUCUGCUAUAAGUGUUGCAUAGAGAAUAUUUUAUAUAUAUAUAUAUAUAUAUAUAUAUAUAUAUAUAUAUAUAUAUAUAUAUAUAUAUAUAUAUAUAUAUAUAUAUAUAUAUAUAUAUAUAUAUAUAUUUGUGUAAAUAUAGAUGUUAUAACUGCUCCAUAAUUUGAUAAUAUUUAUAUAGUAAUGAAGUAAAUAUAGAGCCCCAUUUAGAAGUGUCUGAAGAUAUUUAAAUGACUUCCAGACACUGUAUAUAUACAUAUAUAUUGUUAUGUGUGGUGCAGCUGUGCAUCAGAUCUUUAUGAUAGAAAAAAAAUAAUAAUAAUAAUAACUUUCAUUUCUGAGGGUGAAUAAAAUAAGGAUUAACAGUGCACACUGACAGUCAUGACCUUGUACUACCCUGAUUAUUUUCACUGUUUGUUUUGGAUACAUUUUCAAAGUUUUAGCAAUGACUUAUUGACAUAGUGAUAAGGGUUAGACUGAUGCUGAGGCUGAGGCUGUCUUUCCCACCAUGUAGUUGAGAUCAGUCCAUACUUAAUGAAUCAUGAUAUAGAUUCCCAUUUUACUGGAUAUUAUUUGUAACCAAUUUUACAGAUAUAGUCACACUGGCUUAUUGAAAUAACUCAAUACUCUUUCCUAUGUAGUGUGAAUUAACUUAGCUUAAGUGGGAAGGAGAGACUUUUCCCACUGAGUAGUAACUCAUCUGAAAUAAACUUAAUGAUUAAUUUUAUAUGGACACAUUCAUAAGGACCCAUCAAGAAA